UUUAGUUCUGCCGGAGCACGACCAGCGCAGAAACCUAUAUAAACAAGUGGCGGUUCCUUCCACUCGUGUUCUCUUUAACUUUGCGUUUUCACUGUAACUCGCUGUCAAGGGUUGGAAGCAAAGGGUAGAGGCUUACUGUGGACUUUGCUUUGAAGAUGACGACUUAUGGAGAUAGAGUGAAGUCGACAUCCAUUAACGGAGUUAAGUUAUACCAUGUUUCUUGUGCCCCCAAUGUUGCUACUUGGCUUAACCCUAAGAAGCAACGAGCUCUCCGCAAAAACCCACAUUAUAUGCAAAGAGUGGAGCUGAUUCAGGAUUUGAAGUUUGGGAAUGCAACUACUAGAAUCAAAGCUACUCCUGAUGGAGAGUAUCUGAUUGCUUCAGGUACAUAUCCAUCACAGGUCAAAGUUUAUGAGCUAGGUCAACUUGGCUUGAAGUUUGAGAGACAUUUGGACUCUGCAAUAGUUGAUUUCGAGAUAUUGGAUGAUGACUACUCAAAGCUUGCCUUCUUAUGUGCUGAUCGUUCUAUUAAUCUACACGCCAAAUACGGGAAACACCACAGUUUACGUCUUCCAAGGAUGGGGAGGGACUUGACAUAUGAUAACCGGUCCUGUGAUCUGCUUUGCGCUGCUUCUUCACCAGAUCUCUACAGAAUCAACUUGGAGCAGGGAAGAUUUCUAUCUCCUCUCAGCACUCAAUCCCCAGCGCUGAAUGUUGUUUCUAGAAGCAAUCUACAUGGACUAGUUGCUUGUGGUGGUGAGGAUGGUGCUGUCGAGUGUUUCGAUAUGAGAAUGAAAUCAUCUGCUGCUAGAAUCAAUGCGGUUACACAUGGUGGUGAUGCUGCUGCAGAGGUUACUGCUAUAGAGUUUGAUGACAGUGAAGGUCUUCAAGUAGCUGUCGGGAGUAGUGCCGGAAAGGUAUUCAUAUACGACUUGCGCACUUCAGCUUCCAUACAAGUGAAGGAUCACAUGUACGAGAGCCCAAUUUUGAGCAUUAAGUGGCAACGGUCUCUUAACACUCAAGAACCUAAGCUGAUUACUACUGACAAGCACAUUGUUAGAAUAUGGGAUCCGAAUACGGGAGAAGGUAUGACGAGCAUUCAACCGACAACACAUAUGUCUCUCAGCGGAGGAGAAAUAAACGACAUUUGUGUGUUCCCUGGAAGUGGACUUAUGCUUCUUGCUUUAAACUCUAGCCUUAUCCCAUCUUACUUCAUACCUGAACUUGGUCCUGCUCCUAAAUGGUGUUCUCCUCUCGAAAACCUAACGGAAGAGAUGGAGGAAACUGGACAGACAACUAUUUACGAUAAUUACAAGUUUGUGACGAAGGAAGAGCUGGAGAAGUUGCAGCUGACUCCUUUGAUUGGCACAGAUCUUCUGAAAGCUCAAAUGCAUGGAUAUUUUAUGAAACACCAUCUAUACAAAGAUGCUUUGGCAGAGGUUGAACGUUUUGCUUAUGAUAAUUACAAAGAAAGCAAUAAGCAAAAGAAACUAGAAACGGAACGUAGCCAGAGAAUCACAAAGAAGAUAAAAUUGCCAAAGGUAAACCGUGAUCUAGCAGACACCAUACACAACGAGGAGGGUGCAGAAGAGGAAAAGAAGAGUGUUGAGGAGGCUGUAAAGAAAGUGUCGACGAAGAAGAAGAAACCUGGACUUAGUGGCGAGGAUUUCUCAUGUGGUCGGUUUGACAACAUGUUCCAUAAUCCGGACUUCCAAAUCGAUCCAGAAUCAUAUGAAUAUCGUGCCCUACACCCUGUUGCUUCUUCUUCUAAGAAGCAACCUUCUUUGUUAGAUGAACACUUUGAAGCUGUAUCAGAUGGUGAUGAUGAGAACAGCGAUUCUGAUGUAUCACGUGGUUCAGACGAUGGGAGGCCAAGCAAGAAAUUGAAAACUCCAAAGUUGUUUGUAGUGAAAAACGAGCGGCAUGCUGAAGCUUUCCACAACGGGAGAUCACUGGCUACAGAAGACAGUCUUCCGAUGGGCGAGCGUGUUAAGGCUAUGGAGAACCAGCGUGGCAACUUUGGAGCCUCUACAGAUGUUAAGUUCGGUCCUGGAGGUUCCCGGGAGAUUUCUUUCUACGCUAGACGCUCAUCCACAUACAGAGAAGAUAGAGAUGAUGAGGAUCGAGACGGGGAAAGAAACAAGAGGAGAGGGGUUCAGUCUCUUGGACUGAAACAGGAUGUUGUUAGAGGCGGUUUCAGAGGUAGAGGAGGAGGUGGACGUGGUGGUUCCCGAGGAAGAGGUGGACGUGGUGGCGGGGGAAGAGGCCGCCGAUGA